UCUGCGAAUGCGGAGUAAAAUGGACUACGAGAAUUGAUUGAUGCGGUGCGGUUGUGUUUGAUUUAUAAGGGGUUAUCGGUGAUUGUCUACACAGACCAUGGGUUUAGGGUGGGAUAAGUAUCUGUCUGAGUGGGGGGAAUACACUGGCGGAUCUGUUCGGAACCGGCAUAUAUGUAUACUUUUAUAUGCGUACCGCACAUUUCCUAUGUGUGUGUGUAUGUGCGACGAAGGUGAAAAUGGGGGCUAUGUUGCACGGUGUCCUACUCGCGUACCCACGAUAGAGGGGACUUUUUCUGGGUUUUGUAUAACACUCUUCUCUGAGCAUGGCGGGAGUUGCAUUUGGUUGAUUGAUGGGCUUGAUGAUUGGAUUGGGUAUAUUUGUGUUUAUAUUAUUUUACUUCAACUUAUAUGUACUUUUAUCUGGCGCAAUGUCAAAGCAAAAGUUUCUGCUCGGCUGAGCAUAAUGAUGCAAGAAAACGUGGCAUUCCAAAGCAUUCGGUGCUACCUCCGGCGUUACUGUCGUGCUCCGUACAGAAUUAAAAUUUUAUAUGUUAGAAAAUGUGCAGUCAGUGGAUCUCCAGCGUCCAGUCGCGCAAAGUAACACGAGCAACCAAAGUAUGUGAUCGUAACAAUGAUUUGCCUCGAUAAGGUAUAAACAAUAUGCGUGAGGCAGAGUAUGAACCAGGGGAGGAAACAAAACGAAGAUGAUGAAACUCCUAGGAUGCGCCGGCCCGCUCAGAACAGUAUCGCUCAAACUCCAUGAAACAACUUCACAACGCCGAUAGGAACCGUUCGGUGGAGGAGCAGUGCGGUGAAUCGUGAAAUGCUGAUGCAAUCCAUGCUCGAGGACAAGAGAGGCAUGCGGUCAUAGAGGAUAAUUAGUGGCAGCCAGUAUGCGGAUACGAAUAGCGAAAUGCAAG